AUGUCGGACGAGGAGCACCACUUUGAAUCAAAGGCUGAUGCUGGAGCCUCUAAGACUUACCCCCAACAAGCUGGUACUAUCCGCAAGAAUGGCUAUAUAGUCAUCAAGAACCGCCCUUGCAAGGUUGUUGAGGUUUCCACCUCAAAGACUGGCAAGCAUGGACAUGCUAAGUGCCACUUUGUGGGAAUUGAUAUAUUUAAUGGGAAAAAGCUUGAAGAUAUUGUUCCUUCAUCUCACAACUGUGAUGUUCCCCAUGUUAAUCGUACUGAUUAUCAGCUGAUUGAUAUCUCUGAAGAUGGUUUUGUUAGUCUUUUGACUGAAAAUGGAAACACCAAGGAUGAUCUGAGGCUUCCCACCGAUGACAAUCUGCUUAGUCAGAUUAAAGAUGGGUUUGGUGAAGGGAAGGACCUUGUGGUGACUGUCAUGUCUGCCAUGGGAGAGGAGCAGAUCUGUGCCCUUAAGGACAUUGCUGCUGCCACUCCCAAGUGUUUGCAUGUUAAAAUCAUGGUUCAACAAGAAGUUUUGUACGAGGAAUAUGAUAUUCGUGACUCAUGGCUUCAGAAAAUCGAACGAAUUUUAAUGCAGGUUCAGGCCAGGGACAAACUUAACGCUCAAGAUGGAUUUGCAAUGUGGGUAGGAGAAUUCAAGGAUGCAAAUUUUCCCUUUCGUCCAUUAGAUGUCAUCCCGCUAAAGAUGUAA